AGGAAGCGCCGGGCCGGUUUCCAGCGGUCGGGGCUCCGGAGGCGCUUGGGCUUUGGCAUGCCUGUGCGCUUUCGGCGGCGCCCGCUGCGCAAAUGGUGAACUUGGGGCUUUCGCGCGUGAGCGAUGAUGUGGCGGCCAAGCACCCGGGGCUGCAGGAAUAUGCUGCCUGCCAAUCUUAUGCCUUCAUGAAGGGCGUUGGCACCUUUAUCACAGGCUCCGGGAUGGCCUUUGUCCUUCAGAAAUUCAACCGGAAGAUGCCCUACGCACUCCAGUGGAACAUUCUUGUUUCCUUGGUUGUGGGUUCAGUUGCCAGUUAUGCAGUGACCCGCUGGGAAACCCAGAAGUGCUCCAACUUAUGGAUCUUCCUGGAGUCUGGACCGCCCUUCCAAGAUGUGGCCAAAGAGAAAGUGCCCGCUCAGUAUCCCAAAGAGAAAACACAGAUGGGAGAGAAAAAGAAUAAGUAUGGAGAUGUCAUGGAUUAGCCUGAAGAUCCUGCCACAGGCUGCCAGAGGAGAAGUCUCCAAUGCACAGCUAGACACUGAACUCUUUGUGGCUGAAACUCUUUCUAGGUUAGGUUAGAGCACAAUGAGAAGGUGUCUUAAACAUGUACUGGCUGGUCCCCAUCCACUUUCCCCUCUCUCACUAUAACAUUCAGUUAGGGAAACAUGGGAUGUGUUGGCCCUAUGUAAUUUGUUGUUCUGCUCACCCAAUAAUAAUAAUGAUGAUGAUGAUGAUGAUGAUGAUGAGAUUGUGCAUCACAUCUUUCAACUAGAGAAGUUGAGGAAAGAGCUGCAGAAACCUGAUGCGCACCUGCCAUUUUCAGCGGCAGACCUUUGUUGGAUUUUGUACUUGGCUGGACUGGUUAUCAUGCCCAGAUAGCUCUUCUGUUAUCAUGACAAUUCAGAUCCAUCCUGAAGAGUCAACCCAGAAAUCUGGCUUUGUUUAAUUAGUUUACAAUAAUGCCCUCAUUUGUCUUCAGGAAACCAGAAUAAAUGUGUUUUAUGAA